CAUUGCAGUCUUGUGCUGUUGUGAGGUACCGUCUGAAUGCUUACCUUACAGCAAACCAAGAAACACACUGCCAAGAAAAGACCCUUUCAAUGCACUCAGUCUGGUUCCCCUGUGGAUUACACACUGAGCGUCUGCUGACCUAAAAGCAAAGCACUGAGACUUCCUCUUUGAGGUGCUGCUUUCCCCCCCCCUCACCUCCCCAGGAUGAGCUCUCUGGCAGAGGCUGACGCAGAACAAACAGCAGGAGUGGAUGGCGGGGGGGGCAGGUGUAUUGAAAAUAACUAAAAGCAAACUACAGGCAGAAGAAAUCAACAAGCAAACAGCAGAACUGAUACCUAAAGGCUGCUGAGGAGCAGCAUGGAGCAGCCUACAGAAGCCCCUCAGGCAGCACCCCGGCGAAUCUCCCAGGAGAGACAGAGGCUCACAGGUCUGCCCUUGUACUUCCAAGGUUACCUGUCAGUCCGGCGCUCGCAGUGCCAGGAAUUUAGACUGUUCUGGACAGAACUGAGAGGAACUACGCUCUUCUUUUAUGAUGAUAAGAAGGCACCAACAUACUCACACAAACUAGAUAUAUCAGCUUUGACUUCGGUGACCAAUACGAAACCAAAUGAAAACGACUCUGCACAGUUCAUCCUGAUGUUCCUGAAUGAAAAACUGGAAGUGAAGGCUGAUAACUGCGAAUAUGGGAAAGAAUGGAAGGGUUUUAUUCUCGCUGUAACAAAGUUGUCAGUUCCACAGGACGAGUCGUUAUCACCUGGACAACUUACAAGAAUACAGGAAGUGCUAGACAAAGAAAAGAAGAGAAGGAUUCUGCUUAAUGGCUGUUCCAGCACAUCCCAGAAUAAAGAAAGCCCUUCCAGCAAGGACUACAGCAGUACAGCGACCACUAUGCCAGCGUGCUUCUACACAGUAUCUCGGAAAGAAGCAAUAGAGAUGUUAGAAAAUAACCCUUCGUGUGGGAAUUUGAUCCUGCGUCCUGGCAGUGACAGCAAGAACUACGCAAUCACUGUCCGACAUAUGCUGGAUGCUCCAUGCAUUAAGCACUACAGAGUGACAUCCAGAGGAACAAGUUACAUUAUCGAAUUGGAAAGACAGGUGACAGUUACGAGCCUUCAGGAUGUCAUCAGUUACUUUGUGAUCCAAACCCAUGGGAGCCUGAAGCCUUUCAUCAUGCAGACAUGCAACGAGGCUCUGCAAACGGACCAGAGUUAUGAAAGCAAAACACAAUAGAAGUCCUGAUGAAAGACAGAGGCACAAAAAGGAGCCAGUGUCCAUCCUCUGGGAAACUGCAGAUCCAGCCUUCAAAACAAGUACCCAAAGUGGGCAGCAGUAGAACCCAAAUUCUACUCUAAACUCUAAAGCACGCCACACACUGUAUCUGGCUUUUGCCACACAAGAUGAUUCACUUAGACAGUUUUGCUGGUGUGUUAUCACUGCUGUAACUCAUGACAUGUUUAACACUGAACCUAAAUAAGUGUUCAUCCACUGUGUGGGAUGCUUGCUUUAGCUAUUUCAUCAGUACACACAGUUAGUAAAAUAAACCUCCAAAAGUCAUCCAUCCCAAACAAAUCACCCUUUAGAUGGAAGUUGAGAUUGCUAUCCUGUGCUGCAGCAAAGCCUAUUUUCUGUAAUUAUAGAAGAUGUGAUAAUUAACAGGGAUGGACAGACCUUUCAACAGGGGUAGAUGCCUGUUGCAUUUGACUGAAAUACAGUUCCUUUCUUCAAGUAACUACUAUACAGACAAAGCAUUUAUAAAGACAGAAGACUAUGAACGUGAAUUUACCCAAGGCCCUCACUUCUACUUGAUACAGCUUAGAUUUAUAUACAACCUCUGUAUAUUUUCAGGAUGUGUGAUUGUGACACUGUCCCAGCUGCCUCCUGCAUUCACUAGAACUUCUGCAUGUCCACAAAUUCACCACAUAUAUUUGGAAAAGGGAGAAUCAGCUACAUCUUCCUGUGUUUAAAAGAUAAUGUGUUGUUACAGAUGCUUCUGUAAUGCCCCUCUGCUUCACUGCAACAUAAAGCAAGUUUCUAACUCUUUAAGCAUAUUCUUUAUACUGAGAUAUUCCAGUAACAGACUGAGCUAAUGCUAAUUCAGUGCACUCUGCAACUCAGAUUGCGGACAGAUGUACGGCUUAACCAUUCACUAUAAAGAAAUGGUACCAGAAGGAACAGCUGAGGAAACAGCAUCUGCUGUGACAAUCAUCCAGGGCUGUCUGCCUUUACUUCCAUUCAACAUCAUUUCUUGAUACAGCACUCUUAAUUUGGUAAGCGCAGAAAGGCUCAACCACACCGACUACCUUCUCUUUCUUGAAGACCAAUUUUAUUGUCGGAAGUGUUAACUCAGCUCUCCAAUAGGGAUCCACUUUCCCCAUAUUGCAGUUUUCCCCAGGGAACAGUCUUAGUGCAGAUAGUGAACAAUUCCAACUGUCUUGACUUCAGGGAAGCUAUGGCAAUUUACACCUAUCCAAGAUCUGCCUUCCUGUGUUUCCAUGUGGAGACUGACCUAAGGUAGCCGCUCUGACACGCAGCAUCACUUAUAGUUCAGAAGAGAGCACCACCAAGGAAACAGAAAAAUACAUUUGCUUUUAAGUGGAUGUUUAAACAUUUUGUGUGGAUUAUCUCAUGUGGAUGCCAAGACUGAAAUUCUCAUUUGGGAAUAAAGUAACGUGUGAAAUGGAUUUGACACGUUCUUAGAACACCACAAGUGUCGUAAGACAGCCAUUUCCCCAGUUUUUGCACUCCUCUGUGCAGCCCUCAAUUUACACGCAGGGACAAUUCAUUAAAUUCACCAUUCUUCUUGAUUUCUUCAGCUCCCCACAAAUGAACAUCGAUCUUGUCUCUAAGGGAAGGACUGUACUAGACAUUCCAUCUCGUGGAGUGACCAAUCCUCCUUUGAGCAAACUAGUUCAAAGAUAAUGGGAACAGAUGAGACGAAUCCAGUUUGUCUUCAGCACAAAGCCACUGACUUUCAUCAUUUGUUUUAAUUAAGGCUUCACAAA